GAUAAACAGCGGAACAGUGUGCAAUGGGUAAACGUUCGAAAAGAUGGCCAGAAGUGAACGACGGAUACAAGCCAGCGUCCAUCGAAUCGGCGUUUUUUAAUAUGAAAUAUAAAUCGGAAAAAAGCAUGGUAAUGGAACCGUCAAUCGUUGUUGAACUGUCCUCCGACGACGACUACGACGUGCCGAAAGUAAAAAGACGUCACAGACCUUCUGCAUACUUCUCAGAAUCGGAUAACGACGACGAGUUCGAAUCUGAAUCUAAUGUAAAUUGUGAGACAAAGGAGGAUAAUAAAUCUCAUAACUUGGAUAAGAUAUGUAAACCACCAUUGCCUAUAACAUUUAAGAAAAUCAAAUCAAUAAAAAAUCGUAAAACAAAAUGUAAUAAACCAUUAAUGGAAAAUAAAAUAGAUAAAGCAACUAUUGUUGCACAUGAUAAAACUUACAGUACAGAAUUAUCAAAAGAAUUUCAAGUUUUGAACAAUAAUAAAGAAAAUGCCAAAAGCAGGAUUGGUGAUCCUAACUUGAAGAUAAAUAAUAAAGCAACUGUAAAUACCCCCAAUGCAAUUAAUUUAGAACAUACUACACAAUAAUUUGUACAGGAUAGGGGCCCACAGUCUGAUACUGAUCUAUCUACACAGACUACACAGUUAUUAAACUUUGCAUGUAAUUGUGAAAGAAUAUCAAAUCAAUUCAAUUUGGAAAAAGGAGAGACAGUUAAUUUGGAAACUUUGAAUGUUUUCAAACUUUUACUGAAUAACAUACGAAAUGCCACACACUACUCACACUUGGUACAAAAUGAGUACAAGAUUAUUGACAUUUUUCUGGCGCUGAGAACUGAUUAUCAGUUCCUAUUAUACAAACUGUAUACAUUGGAGGACAAGUGGAGGAACAUUGUGGAGUUCGUUAAGUUAAUCAAGUUGCAUUUGGAGGAAGAAGACAUUAUGUAUGAUGCACUACUUUCAAACAACUUCAUAACAAAAGAUUUUAAUCAUGAUAGUUUGUAUGAAUUGCUUACAAAUAUGAAGAUCUGUGAAACAGAUUUAUGACAAAUUCAAGCAGGGAUGGGCGUCUACCAAAUCAAAAAUGAUUGACAAACUUGUAAAAUUUUCAAACACUCAAACCACAAUAUGCAGCCCAAACCUAACAUCUAUAUUGUUCAAUAAAAUCAAGGAAAAAAUGAGUUAUUGCAUGAAAAUCCAUCCUAGGCUUUCAAAGGCUUUUAAACAGUUUUAUGUUUUGGCCACGUUCAGUAACCCGGAAUUGGACGACAUUAAAGAUUUUAUGACAUACGUUUUGUAUGAAAAGGAGGUAUUUCCUAAUUACAUUAUAGAAUCUUGUCCAGUGUUUAAGGAUAGGAGCCAAUUUCUCAUGUAUCUGAAGGCAAGGAAUAAUAAGACGGAUAUUGAAAAGGCAAACAAAUUGAAAAACAUUGAACGUCUAGUCAAAUUAGCCGAUUCCGCAUUUAACGAGCUGAAUUUGCUGGUUGGAGGGGAAAACUCAUCAAAUUUGAGUCCUGAACCUAAUCCACAUACGAAACAGUUCAGUGCCUUUCACGUUUACGUGGAAACGUUGACGUGGUGUGCGAACAAAAUUUGUACCAGUGAUUAUUAUCAGGAAGCGGAAAAGUGGCUCAAAUUUCUAAUCGAGAAGGUCGAUUCGGAAACGGAAUGCGGAGACUGGUGCACGCAACUAGCCUGGAUAUAUCUCACCAAAGAGCCCAACAACAUACAAAAAGUCAUCAAUGUGUUGAAACUGUUACAGGAAAGGAAACAAUGGUUAUCUGAACUGCAGCUGUAUACCAUCUCGCAUUUUAUACAGAAUAAAGCCAUCAGAAGCUCGGAUCGCGAUAUGUUGAUACGUAUGUCGCCACUGAAAAUGAUAUCGUUUCCCAGCAUUACUAUAUACAUAGAUAAAAAGAAUGAUAUGAGUGUGGACGAUGUCGUCAAGUUACAUUAUAUACAAGAAGAGGGUUACGAAGAUGGAAUGCAUUGCGAGGGUGGCAUCAUCCGAGUCACCUUUAUGUUAUUUUUCUGGGAGCAUAUUUACGAGUGUUACGUGCCCGGCACCUUCAUCUCGAACUAUCAGACGUACAGUACAGUAGAAAGCUUUAUCUGAACCGGAAGCACCUUAUUGACUACCGUCUAAAGGAAAUCCAGUACAUAUGGACGGAGGAUUUGAUGCUAGAAUUUGCUAUGAAAGCGUGGGAGUCAUAUUCGACUUAUAAAGCGAUAUGGAAUAUUACUCGUUAUGUAAACAACCCGCAGUUUUUAAAAACAUUUUUAUUGUCGAUCAAGAGAAAAGUUUUGGCUGAUAUUUACAAAAGGCUUGUGAUGGAUAUCAGAAGUUACAGGAAUGGACUGCCUGAUUUAUUUAUGUAGUAUACCAAAAAUAAGAGGUGCAAAUUUGUGGCAGUUAAAGAAGAAAAUGAUGAGCUUCACCCCAAUCAAAAGUUAUGAUUGAACCAUCUUGUUAUGAUUGGUGCUGAUGUUGAUGUGUGUCAUGUUUCACAUAAAUCUAAUAUUUGAUUUACUUAGAAUUUUUAAGUACUACAAGCAAGCAGACGGUGAUGAAAAAUUUUGAACCGACAGUAGUGACUUUUAUAUUUGGCCACUUAUAAAAAUUAGAUAGUCAUAUAUUUACUAUUUUAUCAUUUUUAUUUACAAAACAAAAAUAAAAUAAAGUACGGUUUUUAUAAUGUUCUUAAAAUAAAUAGUACAAAAUGAUAAGUAAUUUUUAUGAAAUAUGGUAAAAGAGUCCACAUAACACGAACCACGUUUUCACAUAAAUGCAAGAUGUCAUAAAACUAUUGGUGAUUGGUGGCGUGUUCAGCAGACCACUGAGCGAAGUAAUGAAAUGCUGAUCUGGUUUUUUCUAUUGCUUCGCUAUGGCCGCAAUGUAAACGUAUAUUUUCAAAGUCUGCUUAAUUUUAAAAAUAUUUAUCUCACCCUGUACCUGUUUUAGUUCAAAAAUAUCACUUUGUAAUAAUUUAGCAAACGAAUAAACAUAAAUGCGAAUUAGUCGACAUUUAUCACGCAUGAUGAUUACUAAUUUUGUGAAACUUUUAUCGAGGUUCAAACUAUUGUCGUCAAAUCUUUUUUUGCCUUUAGAAGGGUAUUACUAAAAUUACGAAUUAAGCAAGUUAAAAAGGUGGUUGAUUUCCUCUAAAAACAAGACUUUUUUGUAUUUAAUGAAUUUAUACUUUCAUUAUUAUUGUUAUAUAAUAAAUGAGUCGAAUAGGUCAA